UACUGUUUUCCCGCACUAUAUUUUCCUACAUUUCACACAAUUUCUACUCAAUUGAUUCCCUCCGGAAGGACCAAAACCAUGGCGUUUUACGGCCACCACUCCUACUAUCGCUCCCUCUUAAUCACCACUCUAUCAAUAAUACUUUGCGAAUCGCAGAGCUCCGACGGAUUAGGUAACUUCGGGUUCGAUAUCCACCACCGCUACUCCGAUCAAGUCAAGCGAAUUCUGGACGCCGACGGGCUGCCGGAGAUGGGGAGUGUAGAAUUCUAUGCCGCCAUGGCCCACCGUGACCACCUCGUUCGCCAACGGAAGCUCGCCGCCACCGCCCCGUCUGCUCCGCUCACUUUUCUCGGCGGGAACGAUACUUAUCGGAUUCGGUCUUUGGGAUAUUUGCAUUAUGCCAAUGUUUCUGUGGGCUCCCCGGGCUUAUGGUUUCUUGUGGCACUCGACACCGGAAGCGACCUGUUUUGGUUGCCCUGUGACUGCACCCGUUGCGUUCAUGCUUUGGUGACAAGCUCUGGACAAGAAAUUCACCUGAACAUUUACAGCCCUAAUAAAUCAUCAACGGGCACGAAACUUUCGUGCAACAGUACCUUUUGUGGAAAAAGACGAUGCUUGUCAGAAAGUAAUACUUGUGCUUAUAAAGUUCAAUAUCUUUCUAAUAAUACUUCAUCUACUGGGAUCUUCGUAGAGGAUACCUUGCACUUAACUACAGAUGACAGUCGAUUAACAUCGGUUGAUGCACGGAUUACAUUUGGCUGUGGCUUGGUACAAUCAGGUUCAUUUUUGACUGGUGGGGCCCCGAACGGUCUAUUUGGGCUCGGUAUGGAUAACAUAUCCGUUCCUAGCAUUUUGGCAAAGGAAGGGCUUGCUGCAAAUUCUUUCUCCAUGUGUUUUGGACCUGAUGGAAUUGGGAGAAUUCGUUUUGGAGAUAAAAUCACUACAGAACAAGGAGAGACACCAUUCAAUCUCAACCAAACACAUCCAACUUAUAAUGUUAGCAUGACACAAGUUAGUUUGGGAGAUAAUGUCACUGAUAUCAGUUUUGGUGCAAUCUUCGACUCUGGUACCUCAUUCACAUACUUAAACGACCUUGCUUAUUCGGCUAUCUCUGAGAGCUUCAAUUCCCAGGCCCAAGAAAAACGGCAUCCAUCUGAUGACAGGAUCCCUUUUGAGUAUUGCUAUGAUCUAAGUGCAAAUCAGACAAGCUUUAAUUUUUCAUCGCUGAAUUUAACCAUGAAAGGCGGUAAACAAUUCCACGUUACUCGUCCGAUAGUAACAAUUUCUAUCGAGGGUGAAGGUAACUUAUACUGUUUGGCUAUCAUCAAAAGUGGAGACAUAAAUAUCAUUGGACAAAACUUCAUGACCGGCUACCGUAUCAUUUUCGACCGCGAAAAGAUGGUUCUGGGUUGGGAGUCAUCCAAUUGUUAUGAUGCUGAAAAAUCCAGCACUUCACCUGUAAACCCACCAGAGCCUAGUGCAAUUCCUCCCACAUCAACUGUGGCACCAGAAGCCACAUCAGGCGGUGGAAAUGGUUCCCCUAUUCCCAACCCCGGUCCCUCUUCUUCUGCGAGUGAUUUUUUGCACCCGUAUUCUUUCCCAUGCACACUAUUUUUGGUCUUCAUUUCUCUUUUUGGCCCUUAUUUUUCCAGUUCUUCCCCAUGAGGCAUUUUUAGGCCCUCAUCUCGUUUUGGGUUGGGGUUUUCUAAAUAUUCGCGGGAUUGGAUUUUCUAGUAUCUUUGGCAUUAGUUUGGACUCACAUUUGUCAUACGGUUUUUGAUUACUUUCACACCUUGUAUAAUCAUAGAAAUCAUUUAAGUCGUC